AUGAUUCAGUCUAGUCCUUACUACCCCCAGUCAAAUGGUCAAGCAAAAGCCAGCAACAAGAUCUUGGUGAACAUUAUUAAAAGAAUGGUGGCCGAGAGUCCAGAAAAGUGGCAUGAGAAACAAGGAAAAACAUUGUGGGCUUAUAGAACUUUCAAGAGGGCAACAACUGGAACUACUCCUUAUGCUCUAACCUUCGGGCAAGAUGUUGUACUCCCUAUGGAGAUUAAUGUGAGUUCUGUCAGGAUUCAAAACCAAUUCGGGAUACACAGUGAAGAAUACAUUCAGGCUAUGUUUCAAGGAGUUGAAGAUCUAGAUACAGCCCGAAUUAGAGCUCUAGAUAAAAUUCAAGAAGGGAAAAAAGUUGUUGCCCAAGCAUACAACAAGAAAGUAAAAUUAAAGACCUUCAAGGAAGGAGAGUUAGUUUGGAAAGCAAUUAUGCCUUUGGGAGCUCAAGUUAAAGGAUUUGGGAAAUGGAGCCUGACUUGGGAGGGUCAUUUCAUUAUCAACCAAGUACUGGACAAAUGA